GAUUAUGAUACAGUAAGCAAUUUGGGUAUAUCGCUACGCAUUAGGGUCUGCACUUGCGAAGGCGAAAAUGACGAGUCGACGAACUCGCACAGCAGGAUGCAUACUCAUGUUGUUAGCUCUUGCCCUGCCCUCUCAUAUCGUGUCCCGGGAGCUUCAAACACGCCGAGUUCGUGAAGCUAACACUGAGGCACACAGCACUGUCUCGACGGGCGUUGCCGCAGACCUCCGCAGCAGCCGAUGGUUGCCCGCACCGGCGUGCGGACUCGGCGCGUCCUGCGAUGAGAGCCAUACGUGCCCAAGCAAGGAAGCGAUAGAUGCCUGGGACUCAUGCCCAGCAGGCUGGUUUGAGAUAACCCGGCACGAGGCACCCGACAUGGGUAAUUGCCAGGUCAGCAGCACGUGCACCACAAGCCGUGCCUGUCCUCUCCCCGGCUUCUCCCAGGACGACACCAUGCGAGGCACCCUGUACGCCUCGUGCGAUGCAAGCCCCUGCACUGCUGGCCUCGGCAGCCUCAGGGCUGGAGCCCCGCAGGACUGCAACCUGCCUGGAACGCCCGCAAUCAUCCGCUGCUGUACACCACGCGCAAAGGUGCGCUGUGCCCAGCAGCACGCGUGCACGUGGGUGGCUCCUCGCAUCAUGGAUCUGGAAAUCCAGCGCCGCACCAUCAUCCCCGGCUGCCGCGUCAAGUCGUUCUGGGGCCAGCUGCUCGCCAGCAAGGCCCAAACCAACACAGUGCUGCAGUCCAUUGUGGCCAUGGCACCCGCUGUCACACGAUUCCUGCGCAGUUUUCCCAUCGUUGCCAAAUGGUACCUGGAGCGCUGGGAUGGGGCCGUCCAGCCCGUGCUAGACAUGAUCAUCUGCGGCAGCAAACGCGAGCAGCUGACCCCAGAGCAAACGACUGCCGCCGCUGCCACGGCCUCACUCUUGGCGCUGCCCGCCGCCAAAGACUUCCUGCUCUCCACCACUACCGGCAGCAUCCUGUCUGAAUACCUGAUGGAGGUGAAGGGCUUCGACACCAGGGACAUUGACAGCUUCCUAACCCAAGACCAGCUCUUCACCGCGCUCGACCUGUUGCGCGCGCCCGGCAUCCACGUGGACGAAGGCCUGGACCCCGCGGCAGCUGGGCUGCUGGGGCUCCCUGGCGGCUUAGGGGCGCUGGUCAGUGAAUUAGUGGCGUUCGACUCUCGGCUCACUGUGCGCCAGAUGGUGCGUGACGUGGCGCGACUCGCAACCACGGUGCUGCGCACCGCCGUGCAGGGCCCGCCCGCCACCGCCGACGAGGCAGCCUAUCCCGAGGGCUUCCUGCCGCUGCUGUUCGGCAUGACCCCCGAGGUCCGCGCCUCUUUCAGCAUGGCACUGUCCACGCUGCCGGCCCUCGAAGUGUGCCUCAUCAACACCAUCUCCGCCGUGGAGGUCUUCCCCAAAUCAUUUACUCGGCGGCCAGUGCCAAGGAUGUCCAUGCCACCCUCACCUCCGCCCUCGCCCCAUCCAUCUCCGAGCGCGCCCCCGAGACCUGAAAGCCCUGUUGACGGCAGCGAAGACCCAGCCGGCACACAGCCUCCCAGCACGCCUCCUGCUUCCCCGCCGUCGUUCCAGGACGUCUACCCGCCGGCCACCGGCUUUGCAGAUUGGUGUCCCACACGUUCGUAUGUGGGCCGGUUGGUCGCCAAUCCCAUGGGCCCCCGCCCUAUCGUUCAGGCAACUCUAGAGGUCAUCCCACUUCUGGCUGAUAUCAUUGAGGCCCUUCCCACAACCUAUAACUGGUACUCAAGCCGCUGGGACAAGGCGGCCAUCCCCAUCCUGGAGCCGGCCAUCUGCGGUUCGCUCUUCAACGUUUAUCAAAUUGCGAGCGAGGCAUACGACACCCUAGUGGGCGCCACACGUGCGCUGGUGCUGCCCGCGCUGGAGCGCUUUUUCGGCACCCAGACCGGCAAAACCGCCGCGCGGCACCUGGCGAACGUGGGCUUCAACGUCCGGGACCUUGAGACGUACCUUGACAGCUGGGACUUGAGCGCGCUCACUGAGUUCAUCGCGCAGUCGGAGGAUGCGUCUUCUGCCUUUGAUAGCGCGCCGAUUGGCGUCAUUGGUGCACUUACGGCCGCUGUGAUUGGCAUUGCCGACUCCAGCAACGGCUUCAAGCCCUUCAACGUGGCCCUGGACCUCAUGACUUUUGCGCAUGAGCUGUUCUCGGCGCCCACCAGCAGCCGCACCGCCCAGAUCGCCGAGGCGGACCCCAACCUUACAGACCUGCUGACUGUGUCUGGCACUGAGAAUGCGGCCAUCACCACCUUGGCCGCGCGGAUCCAAGAACUCAAGCCCCUGGUCUACCGCAUGAUGCGCACUGGCGUUGACACGGCCAUUGAGCUGAUUGAGCCGUACUCGGAGGAGGACAGUACUGCAAAUUAUGCCUACAACUAGAGCCUGUCCUCAAGAGGUGUGCACCAGACGGUGUCAUAAGUGUCGGACAGUUGGAGAGAUGCAAGUCCCGAGUUUGGUGACUGACACGGUGUUGUAUUACAGAUAUUCUUGAGGUUGAUAUAUGCCUCACCAGCACGCAAUCCCUGGCUUGGAGUAUGAACCUGGCUAGCUAGGAACUGGACAAUGGCAUCCGUGGGACAGUCCGCUCAGCGGCAGGAAGGGCGCUAGUUCACAUGCAAGGACUACAUGAGUCUUGUGCACUCUCGUUGUAAGCGCCCUACUAUCACAUGUCGUGCGACAUGGCGCGCUCGCCCGCCGCCCGCUGCUCCGCCUCAAUCUCCGCCGCCUCCGCGUCGCGCUGCUUGGCCAGCAGCUGCCGCACACGCGUCACGUUGUAGGCCGCCUCCAGCAGGUUGGGCAUCUGGGCCUCAGCGC